UACCACACGAAAGUGCAAUCGCGGCUAAUGCGGCUAUGCAAGGAUAAGAACAGACGCGGACAAAAGAAGUCGACAGCUUUCCCAGUUUAAGGGUUUCACAGUUCAAGCAGCUUUAUCAACAAAUGACAAUAACGAAGCCCAGUAUAUCACCCAUUUAUUGUGACGGAGGAAUACGGACUCGUUGAACUUCGCACGAUACUCGACUGGCUUUGUUAGCUGGACGUUGAGAGCUGGUCCGAACCGGCUCUUUUAGGUUCCAGCUCCGGCCGAACCACGAUGAAGGCAUUACUCUCGUGCCUCUACUUAGGAUUGCUUGCGACUGGAACUCUUGCGAAUGAGGUGCGAUUGAAACAAGAUGAAGCGAAUCGGCAACAAUGCUCCGGGAUGUACAGCCGGAAAGCUUGGGGAGGGGACCAGGAUCCAUUUAUUCUAGUAGCGUUUGAGAAGGGUGAAUUAAAGAAUCCGGAGGCCGAUCAUCUUGUUAGUCUGGUGAUAUUUGAGUGGAAAGACGAAGAUCUGAUCGGGAGAUAUCCGGUAGGCGACAAGGAGAAGGUACAGAAAGAGCCCAUAUGCGACCAAGAGAACGUCGCGGCCAAACUAUGUACGAAGAAACAACUGGGUUCGUUUAUCUUAGCUGAGGAUGCUGCGAAAGUGUCAAAGUCUCCGAUUAUUUCAACAGCCAUCAACCUAAAAGAUCCUAAACCUAUAAACUACCCCGUCGCGAAAACGGGAUUUUAUUGUGUCAGCACAUACGCCUUCUCCGGUGAUGAUUACCAGGGGGUGGUAACAUUUCAAAAUUCGUACGGAGAGCUCCCAGCUCCCCAGAUACCGAAACUCCCAUUUUAUGGCGCUCUUACCAUUGUUUACGCGGUGAUUGGGAUCUUUUGGGCAUUUUUAUAUGUACAAAACCGACAUGAUAUCUUACCCGUCCAAAACUAUAUCACUGCUAUCAUUGUGUUCCUCAUUGUCGAGCAACUUAUGACCUGGGGUUUCUACGACUAUCAAAAUCGGCACGGUUCAAAUGCUGUGGCCAAAGUACUUAUGAUCAUCGUUGCCGUUCUUAAUGCCGGUCGCAAUUCAUUCUCAUUUUUCUUACUUCUAAUCGUUUGCAUGGGCUAUGGCGUUGUGAAACCCUCACUUGGCCGCACCAUGGUCUAUGUCCGAUUCCUUGCGAUUGGCCACUUUGUGUUUGGUGUUAUCUAUGCUGUGGCCAGUCUAUCCAUCACGCCUGAUAGCGCUGGGCCGUUAGUUCUGCUUGUGAUUCUCCCCCUUGCAGGGACUCUGACAGCAUUCUAUGUCUGGACGCUGAAUUCAUUGAGCGCAACGAUGAAAGAUUUGAUUGACCGAAAGCAAAACGUCAAAGCUCUCAUGUAUAAGAAGUUGUGGUGGUGCAUCCUUGGAAGUAUUGUUGUCAUUUUUGGCUUCUUUUUCAUCAAUUCCUUUGUGUUUGCGAGCCGCAGGGUCGCGGACUUCGUUCCCGACCACUGGAAGUCAAGAUGGUUCGUGCUGGAUGGUUGGCUUAACAUUGUCUAUCUGUUCGAUAUUGCAUUUAUCGCAUACCUGUGGAGACCAACGGUGAAUAACAGGCGAUUCGCAAUGAGCGAUGAGAUUGCACAAGAAGAUGACGGGUUCGAAAUUCGCUCCUUUGGCAGCUCACUCGACGAAGAGGAGAGAGUUGGUACGGGAGGACCAGAUGGCCCCGAAAGGGAACUUUCCCCUGUUCUACCAAAACCUGUGGCAUCUUCGUCGAACCAAAACAGACACUCUCUCGAUGGUGAGACAAUCUUCGCUGUUGGAGAAGACGGCGAUAGAUGGUCAGAUUAUGAAUCCCCCCGCAAUUCGAGCGAAAGGAAAGGCCUAAUGAAGAAGGACGACGAGUAAUACAGAAGAAUCAAUUGUUUUCAAUUCCUCUAUUACUAUAAUUUAGCUCAAUGCUCGAUUUUCUUUGAUGCUUACCAAAUUAUUCUUGAUGUGGUUAACAGAAUGGCGUUUUUCGUUUCUUAUUUUGUCUUGACUCUUUUCUAUAUACGAUUCCUAUUUGUGUAUUUUUCUUUUUUCUUUUUGCGUCCUUUUUUUUUUUUUUUUUUUUCAUAUUUGUCUCAUGCCCUUGCUAUGCGCGCUUUCUAUUUUGGUUCCGCUAUAUUCAUCAACCUUCCCGCCUCGGAUACACAUGAAUUCGAUUUAUGAAACUCGUUUGCUUUUACUGUCUGAUGAUUACUUAGGGUUUCUCAACUCUAGCAGAUUCCAAUGCAUUCAGAUUUGACAUUCAGAUUUGACAUUUCACUUCAGCAUAGGAGCCAGCUCCCCGACGUGUCAUUGCAUGGAUCAUUUUUGAAAAAUUAACUAUAUAUAUCCAUCUGUACACAACUUCUGACUAUAUCUUAAGAUACUAAGAAUAUUGCUUUUCCUACAUGUUCAUAAUC